ACAGCAAAGCAAACCAGGAAAGCCAUUUACAGAUCGAUAGACCACCAAUUGUUCCUAGACAAAAAAACAAUAGACCAAAACACAAAACAAGCUCUCGUAGAGAAUCAAACAUUAUGAAGAAGAAGUGCCCGACUACUACUCUACCCUAUUUCAUUCUUUCCUUCUUCUUCAUAUCCACUUCUCUCUUCUCCCUCACUCACGCCGCCGGCGGCAAAUGGCAGCUGCUUCUCAAGAACGUCGGCAUUUCCGCCAUGCACAUGCAGCUCCUCAAAAACGACCGUGUGGUCAUGUUCGACCGGACCGACUUCGGAAAAUCCAACCUCUCGCUCCCCAACGGCGUCUGCCGCAACAACCCCAACGACACAGCGCUUAAAGUCGACUGCACGGCUCACUCCGCCGAGUACGACGUGGCGUCCAACAAUAUUCGUCCCCUGUUUGUGUACUCUGACGUGUGGUGCUCCUCCGGUGCAGUAAACCCCAGGGGAAGUCUAGUCCAGACGGGUGGUUUCAACGACGGCGAGAAAAGGGCGAGGGUUUUUGACCCGUGUCCUACUUGUGACUGGAAAGAGAUAGAGAACGCGCUAACCAACCGGAGAUGGUAUGCCACAAAUCAUAUUCUGCCAGAUGGACGGCAGAUAGUCAUCGGCGGACGACGACAGUUCAACUACGAGUUCUACCCCAAAACUGGAGGCUCAAUGAACGCGCACAGUUUACCUUUUCUGGUUGAGACAAGUGACGGCAACGCCAUAGAGAACAAUCUCUACCCCUAUGUUUUUCUCAACCUUGAUGGCAACCUUUUCAUCUUCGCUAACAAUCGAGCCAUUUUGUUCGACUACGUAGCUGGUAAAAUAGUGAAGACGUACCCCACAAUUCCCGGUGGAGACCCGAGAUCAUACCCAAGCACCGGUUCCGCCGUGUUGCUACCUCUCAAGAGCUCAAAAGGUCAGGUUGCGGCGGCUGAGGUUUUGGUCUGCGGUGGAGCUCCCAAAGGCUCUUAUGUAAAUGCUGAAAGUGGGACAUUCGUGGAAGCAUUGAAGACGUGCGCACGGAUUAAAAUAACAGAUCCGAAACCGCAGUGGGUUGUGGAAACCAUGCCUCUAGCUAGAGUCAUGGGUGACAUGACGUUACUUGCCAACGGUGACGUUUUAAUUAUCAACGGUGCCGGACUAGGUACCGCUGGCUGGGAACUUGGCCGGAACCCUGUACUAAAACCGGUUGUUUACAAGUCUGAUAAUGCCGUCGGAUCAAGGUUCGAGCAACAAAACCCGAGCACCAUUCCACGCAUGUAUCAUUCCACGGCAAUACUACUACGUGAUGGAAGAGUACUCGUUGGAGGCAGUAACCCUCAUAUUCGAUACGAGUUCUCAAACGUGCUUUUCCCAACAGAACUUGCAUUAGAAGCAUUCUCUCCUAAUUACUUAGACUCACAAUUUGCUGGUAUACGUCCGAGCAUCUAUUCACCUCAGUCACAAGUUACAGUUGGUUACGGCCAGAAGCUAGCCGUCCGGUUCUCGAUAACAGGGAAAAUAGCACUAAACUCGGUGUCUGUUACGAUGGUGUCACCUUCAUUUACUACACAUUCCUUCUCGAUGAACCAGAGGCUAUUGGUUCUUGCUUCCGAGAAUGUUAUAGCAGUGGGGAACUUGAAGUUUGAAGUUCAGGUUACGACGCCGGCUACCGGUAAUCUAGCACCGUCCGGAUAUUAUCUUCUAUAUGUGGUUCACCAGCAGAUACCAAGUGAGGGUAUUUGGGUCAAGAUUCAGUAGAAAUUAAAAAUAUAGCAUACCCGUAUAGAUGCAUGCAGUUACUUUCUUAAUUUUUUUCAUCUACUACAUUAGUUAUUCUUACAGUAUUAACAAGUUGAGAGAUUUGUAUACAGCACGUGAAUAUUAAUAAAGUCAGUAGGGUUCUUGUCAAUAAUCAUGAUUGAUCUAGAUGACUAGCAAAAUAUUAUACAUGUGA